AUGGAAGAACACAAAUUCACAACGUUUUUUGAGCCGUUCAGAAUCAAAUCCGUGGAGAAACUCAAACAAACAACACGAGAUGAACGAAUCAAGCAUUUGAAACAAGCCAAUUACAACUUGUAUCUCUUGGACUCAGAAAACAUUUUGAUCGAUCUGCUAACAGACUCGGGGACUGGGGCGAUGAGUUCUGAACAGUGGGCUGCAGUUAUGAUUGGAGAUGAGUCGUAUGCCGGCUCUCCGAGUUACCGGAAAUUUGAAGCAGUUGUCAAGGAGAUCUUUGGAUACCGUCACGUGAUCCCUACGCACCAAGGGCGCGCGGCAGAGCGCAUCCUUUUCACUUGCGCAGUGAAAGAAGGCGACGUAGUUCCAAACAACGCGCAUUUUGCAACUACGAUGGCGAACAUAGAAGCUCAAGGUGGAAAAGCAAUUAAUUUUUUAACCCCUGAAGCUAUGGAGCCCAGUACAGAUGUGCCAUUUAAAGGAAAUAUGAACGUUGAAAAGUUAGAGCAGACGAUCUCAAAAUUUCGAGCUAAAAUUCCACUUGUCAUGAUAACCAUAACAAAUAAUAUGGUGGGCGGUGAGCCGGUCAGCAUGGAGAAUAUCAAGGCGGUGUCUAAAAUUUGUCGCGCACACGGUAUUCCGUUGUUUUUUGAUGCCUGCCGCUUCGCUGAAAAUGCUUGGUUCAUAAAGGUCAAAGAGGAAGGUUAUGCAAACCGCACACCGAAAGAAAUCGCGCGAGAGAUUUUCUCUUACGGCGAUGGCUGCACUAUGUCGGCGAAGAAGGAUGGCCUGGCCAACAUCGGUGGAUUCUUGGCAGUCAAUGACUCAGAGCUCGCUGCUAAGUGCCGCAAGGAGCUGUUAAUAACCGAGGGAUUCACCACUUAUGGGGGCUUGGCAGGACGCGAUUUGGAAGCGAUUGCAGUAGGUUUGAAUGAAGUGGUUGAAGAAGAUUACCUGCGCUACCAAGUUGGUUUCGUCAAGUUCCUGGCCGAUUUACUUGUCCAGAAUCACGUGCCCAUUGUUACCCCACCCGGAGGUCACGCGGUGUACAUUGACGCAGGCGCAAUGCUACCGCACAUUCCCCGCGAGCAAUUUCCUGCGUGGGCUCUCGGCUGCGCGCUUUACGUGGAAGGAGGGAUCCGCGGGGCGGAAGUUGGUGCGGUGAUGUUGGGGGGUCUCGAAAAGCACGACGACGGCGUGGAUUCAUCGGUGGAAGCGGAAAGUCCCGAAGAUGACAAUGAUGAUAAUGAUGAUGUCUUUGAAGACGAACCUGAACAUGAGGAGCUAUUUAGGCUGGCUAUUCCCCGCCGUACAUACACUGAAUCACAUAUGAGGUAAGCUGUUCUUAAUGUGGCCCUCAAUUUUUUGGUUUAGGUAGCUCUUAUAAUGGUUUAAGAUCAAAAUUCUCGUACCUCGAUGGCGCUCGAUUGCGACCUUCUAACCGUUUCGAAAGAAACUUACGAUCACUUUUAUGAUAUUUGCUCAUGCCUCGAGCAUGGAUAAAUAGCACGUAGUGCAAGUACUGCAUUAGUACGUCUCCUAGGCUCGAUUGCCACCCGCUGUGCGGGGAAUGAGUGCGCACUUCCCUUGAUUUCCCCGGAAAAGAAAAAGGAACAAAGACACACCAUUUGAAGGGUCUGGAAUGACCUUUGAAGGAAGUGUAGGCACGAAUUAGGCAUUCCCCUAUGCAUGCCGAGAGAGAGGCGGAAAUCGAACCUACACGACUUGGAUUUUAUGACAAUUUUACAAAGUAAUUUAAUGACAGGCAAUUCUAUAAGUAACGAAACUGGAAUUUAAACGGAUUUACCUCCAAUCUGAAAUAAAGCUAACUAAAAGACCCUUCCUGUGCCGGAAACAAAUCAAGCAAAAUACCUUUGACAAAACAGGGAAAUAAAAAACAAAUAUAAAAUACCACGUCGGUUGUCGGUUAAUUUCUUUUCUGUCGAUAGUCGGUAUUUUUUUUCUAGUUUUGUUGGUAGUCAGUUAAUUUUUUUCUCGUUUUGUUGGUAGUUAGUUAUAUCUUUCGCCGUUUGUAGCCAAUCGGUUAACCCCAUUCAGACCCUCUUAUGAGUGUCGUAACAUGUGUGUCGUGUGAUAAUCUUUUUCUCGUCCUCUAUUUCCAUAGGCGCCUAACCAUCUAAUUUCGACUGCAAGUGCAAGUACGAGAACUUGUAGUUUAAAAGUAUCUACUUCCUAGAGUAAUGGCCAAUUUAAUAUUUUCGUUCCCUUCCAGCCAUGGUCGCCUAAGUCCCCUAAUCACUUAAGCUACCAACAGCCGUUUACAAAUUUUGUCAGGAUGUUUGUCAAAUGGCCUUGACACUACCUUUAUGCUUCUUACAGGUAUGUUUCUGAAGUCUGUGCUCAUGUGUACAAGAACCGCGCAAAAGUCUGUGGUUACCAAAUCACAUGGGAACCGCCCAUGUUACGUCAUUUUACCGCCCACCUGGUGCCCAUUCCUUCUCCGAUUAAAUCGCAAGAUGAUUCCACGCGAGUUCGCCAUCUGUCAGCUAAGAAGGUGUCCAGCGGUCACGUUUUAAGGCGAAGAAGGAACUCCUCGUUGCAGUUUAGUUAAUGUUAAGUGGAGUCAAUUUUAACAGAGUCGCAGAUGACUUUUUAUAUCCAUUACUAUUACGUUUUUAAGUGUGCAGGCAUCGUUAACGUUUUGAAAUUCUCUUACUCUGCGGCGAGUUUUUGCGCCAAGAAUAUGCGCAUUUAAGCCGGUUGAAUUUACUAUUUGACUUAUUCAUUUCAUAUUUUCAUUUCAAGGUAUUUCUUUAAAAAAAGUUGUUUCUUGUUCGAAUUUUUUCAACUAAUUCGCCCUUUACUAUGCGUCAAUGAGUCAACGGAUAUAAACUCUUAAAAUAUUUGCUUUGUUCUCCUUGUACACCAGAAUUUAGUUUUUGGUUUCUUUUGGGUAUGUAGCGUUAACUACACGAAGGUCGCAAGUACAGACAGUAAUCCAGAGGUGUCCCUUUAAUAGAGAAAUGACUCUCUGCCUUUAGGAAGAGUCCUACAGAAGUUGUUGUGGAGUUCUUCGCCUUACAAGACCGUCUUUCUUUCGAGAUACUUGUUCUUUCAUGUUUUCUGUAGAGGACUUAAGACAAAAGAACCAAAGGUUCUCUAACCCCGGGAUACGCUGACGAUCAGUGCAUUGAGUGCCCUGAAAAUAGCUACCCGCGGGCAUGACGACGCACCAAUCAAGAAGGCAUAGGAAAAGCC